AUGUUAGUACGACACCACGAUUUGAACCGGAGCCUUCCGAAUGGCAGAACGCAAUGCUAUCCACUGGACUACCACGGCCGUCAAGAUAAGGCAGAUAAGAGUCACUAUCGCGAAUGGAGAUCAUAUCUCCGUGUAAGGCUCGGUUUUGUUGUCAAUCGAGGUGAAGAGUAUAUCAAUUCUCCUGGAAUGCCUGGUGGUUCCAGAGUUACCUCAGGCUCGAUUCUUGGGCCAAGGUGGUAUUAUACCGGAUAUAUUGAGAAUAAGGUGGUCGUUUUCUUGGCCGGAACCAGAACCGUUGGUGGCAAUAUUGGACCACUCCGAGAUAGGCUGUAAGGAGUCUGGGGCAUUAGGUCAGUUAGUAGCAGGGUCGUUCCAGGCUAUGCCGGAAGUGCUAGGCCGGACCCAUUUAGUUGGCCAUAAGAUCAGGUAAAGGCAGGAGUUGAACCUGUGACACAGCGCUAUUACCCUGUGUCUCCCGUCAUACAGUCGUGUAUGGACGAGGAGAUUAAGGAUAUGCUCGACAAACGGGUGGUAGAGAAAUGCGCCUGCAAAAAUUAAGAUUAAGAAAAAGGACAGUAUAUAUAAAUUUAGUGUAGACUACAGAGUUUUGAAUAAAUGUACCGAAAAAGAUAACUACUCUCUUCCAUAUUUGUCGGCACAUUAGAUAAGGUAAGGGAUGCCAAGUUCUUGUUCGGUCUGGAAAUCAAGUCUGCUUAUUGUCUAAUUUCGGUGAAGGAACAAUCGAGGUCUUUUGCAGCAUUCACGAUACCAGGUAGAGGGCUAUUUCAGAAUAAGAGGAUGCCAUACGGUUUGCAUAAUGUAACAGCAACCUGGCAAAGAUUUAUAGAUUCGGUCAUAGUGCAAUUUUAGU